GGUCCCCCCCUGUCAUGCGUAGCCUCAAGCAGCAGUGCACCAGCUUUUCCAAGCACAUCAAUCAAACCAGCAAGCCCUUGGCCUGGUGCUGAUAAGCGCUGCUCUGCGCUCUCACUCACAGUUCAGUGCACUGCCCUCAGUUGUCUCUGAGUUGCUACUGAUUAGUGCAAUGGCUGCUCCGCACGGCUUUCCGCGCCUCGACUACCGCCAGGCGGCAAUGCCGCUGCUCCUGCUUCUGCUGCUGGUAGUUCCGCCGCGCGGAUCGAAUGCGGCGACGCGCGUCGUCACUGCGCCGCUGCGCGGAUCCGACGACCGCGUGGAGAUUUUCAAGAUGACGGAGCAGCUCUGGUUCGCGGGAACCGCGCAGCUUCCGCCGUUUGACGAUUCCGGAAACCACGGCAACGACGGUUCCAGCGGCGACAAUAGCUCAGGUGAUAACAGCGGGAGUGACAACAGCGGAGGCGACUCUGGCGGCGAUGGCUCCGCCAGCAACGUUUCGCCCGAAGGCGGAACGACAGGCUUGAAUUUUGACAAUGUCGCUGCGCUGAUCGGCGGUGAUCCUCACGACUCGCUGGAGAUGCGCAAGGAGGAGACGCUUGCGCGGAUGCGCGGCGGCGGCGGAAUCGCGGAGCGCCUGCGAGAGGCGCAGGCGGGAGGUGCUGGAAACGGCGAGCGCAGCUCCCCGGCUGACGCGGCUGCGCCGUCUGCGGCGGCUCCGGCAAGCGCGCCGGCUCCUGCUGUGGAUCCGCUGGAGCUACAGAUGGAGGAGCGAUUGGCGGAGGUGGGGUGGUUCGCGGCGCGGUCAACGGAGCUGAAGCAAGUGGUGAAGCGGAAACCGGCGGUUGGGUUUCCCGGAAUAAGCAUGUACAGUGAAGUGAACAGUGGUACACCGCCUAAAUACAACAAUACAGUGGUCCGUGUCACCCCUCCUGACGUUGCGCUUUGCAUGGGAAAUGGGUACAUCCUCCAUGCUGUCAACGAAGCUUUGGUUGUGUAUGACACGCGGGGGAAACAGCUCACACGGAUCAUAACACACAACGAGUUCUUUGGUGCGCUGCCAGUGGUGGUGGAGCGGAGGGAGCCGUACAACACGUCAGUCUUUGGCGACAACAUUGGCGACAUGACGUGCGUCUAUGACCGCAAGGCCCGGCGCUUCUACCUCACCACAUACUGGAUUUCCGGCGGUUUCAACAACACGUUUGACAAGUUUGGGCAAACGAGGAGGCGAAGCAACACCACAGCGGGAGCGGGGCUACUAGUGGCGGCUUCAACUGCAGACGACCCCACCCAACCGUGGAACUUCUUCUUCAUCCCUGGCUCCAACGACGGUAUCAACUCCAACCCCGACUGGAGGGCACCGCUUCACUUCAACACGUCUCGACUCACCACCAUGUUGGACUACCCUCAAAUCGGAACUGAUGCCCACGGAUUCUAUGUGUCGGUGAACCAGUUUCCGGAAACGUUUGACAAGUUCUUCGGGUCAUGCAUAUAUGCCAUAUCCAAGUCUCAGCUUGACAGGCCCGAAAAUGCCACCAUUCUUCGCUUCGUCAUCCCCUAUACAGCGAACCUCAGUAACCCUUCCUUCACCAUUUAUCCUCAGAGGGUUGCUGCAGACGGAAAAUACGACUACAGCCAUGGAGGCACCAUGUAUUUCGGAUGGUCGGGUAACAAUUUCAACAGUGCUCCUAACGAAACCGUGCUUGUGGCCAACUACACAGUAAUGGGUGCCUUUGCUAUAACGGGUACAAGUGCACUGGGCACAUCGGAAGCAGAAUCCACCGUGGAGCCACACUGUGCCGCAGUCUACACGCCGCCCUACUUCCAACCGCUGCCCGUCACGCAAAAAAACGGCCCGAUACCGCUCGGCUGGAAAUUGAACAAAACUGUCGCCCCAAUCGGGCCUUCAUCGGUUGACGCUCGAGGGGUGGUGGUGUCUCCUGGGACCAGGCAGAUGUGGGUCAGCCUCAUGUCGGCCUUUGGCAAGGAGAUGAGUGCCUCAGCGGUGGUGGUGCGGCUCCGGUUGUCCCUCAGGCUCAAGCGCAAGUGGAGGCCGUUUCGGGUGUAUCUGGAGCGGUUCAAAGUGGUGGGAGUGGGUGGCGGGAACAGCCUCAUUCAGCCGAUGAUUGCGCUCAACAGGCAUGGCAAGGGCAUCAUUGCAACAGCGCUGGCAGGAGUCUCGUUCUACCCCUCUGCUGCCUACGCCACUGUCAACGCCAACGUGGAUGUGGGCCGGGUGGUGGUUACCGGCCCGGGGAAAGCCCCCCUGGAUGAUUACAACGGCUACAGGGAAGGUGUCAACCGCUACGGCGACUACAUGACAGCGACGAUCGACGAGGAAGGCAACGCGUGGGCAGCAGUGCAGUACGUGGCGGGGCAGCCGAGAUCGGAGUGGACCAACUGGGCCACUUACAUCUUCAAAGUGGACCUUGGGAACAGCAGCAGCGGUGGUGGGGACAGUGGUAGCAGUGAUGGGAGCAAGGAUGGCAAUAAUGGUGGAGGGAAUGGUGGUGAUGGUGGCGAUGGUGGUGAUGGUGGGAAUGGUGGUGAUGGUGGUGAUGGUGGUGAUGGUAGCGGCGGUGGAAAUGCCGCUGUGUGAGUAGUUUGCUGAGGUUGCUUAAUCGGGUGAGGGGAGUGGCAGUGGGGCAUGUGGCGGGUAGGUGAGGACCGAGCGAGUGGAGCAGAGCUGGCAGUGCUGGUAACAGUGGCAUUGGCGGCAGUGGCAUCAGUGACAAAGGUGAUAGCCAGAGUGGAAAUCGGUUUUUGAUAAGCCGAGGGAGGACGCUUGGGUGUGUGUAAGUGAGUGCGUAUGUGUCGGUGGGUGUAGGUUUUUAGGUGUGUAGGUGUUGAUGUUUUCAUAUGUGGCAUGCCUGUGUGUGUAGUAAAAAGGUGGUGGGCAUGAAGUGUGGUGGGGAGAGAGUGGGAAAGAAAUGGAGGUGGGCGAUGGCUUUGAUCUAGCCGAGCAGUGCGGCAUGUUGCCACCUCGGCAACACUGCUUUCUUGCACGGUACGGGAUGACAUGACUUGGCGUGACACUCAAUGAUGUCAGUGUCAUCCAAUGAUGUCAUGCGCUUCCAAGGGUGUUGAUUAUCACUCCUUUGCCAUCCAUAUUACAUUACUCUUAUUGGCACCCUUUCUUUAUGGUGUAUUGGGUUCCACAUUCUGAAUGCAGAAUAUUGAGAGUAGAUGUUUCACAGGGCAUCAAUUGAGGGCGAGUAGCCCUUUCAUGAGGUCACAUGCCCUUGUACUUUAGUAACAUUCACAAAAUGGACAUACUGUUACGCCUUCCUCGAUGAACUAUUAACGC